AGUUUCAACCGUUGGGGAUCAGAAGGGAAGUCACGUGCGCAAUGAGGGGGAAGAAGAGCGUGUGUGUCUAAUAGGUUAUUAUGUGAGAAGAGAAUGGGAGAGUUGGGAGAGUUGGAGCUGGAGCUCCUCCAGGGAAACCAGGAGAAACAUAUCUCUCUGUUAAAGAACUUUGUGGCGGGAGGAGCGGGAGGAGCUUGCCUUCUGUUCGUGGGACACCCGCUCGACACAAUCAAGGUGCGGCUACAGACCCAGCCCAGAGUGCCCAGCCAGGAUGUCCUCUACAAAGGUGCUUAUGACUGCUUCCGAAAGACUGUCUCCAAAGAGGGACUUCUUGGGCUGUACAAGGGGAUGGGGGCCCCCCUAGCCAGCGUAGCUCCUAUGAUGGCCAUUAGUUUCUUUGGGUUCGGACUGGGAAAACAGCUGUUGCAACCAGACUCCACUAAGACACUGAUGCCUACCCAACUGUUUCUCUCAGGCUGUCUAGCAGGUGUUUUCACUACAGUGAUAGUGUGUCCUGGAGAAAGGGUCAAGUGUUUACUACAGGUGCAGGCCAGCGGGAGGCAGCAGGCAGUACGGUAUGCAGGUCCUCUGGACUGUGCUCUCAAGUUGUAUAAAACACAAGGCAUCCGCUCCAUCUACAAAGGAACAACACUCACACUCAUCAGAGACGUGCCUUCUAAUGGUGCCUACUUCAUGGUUUAUGACUUCCUGAAACACAAAAUGACAGCUGAGGGUGAAAGUGUGUCCCAGCUCAGCACUCCAAAGAUCCUCCUUUGCGGUGGCAUAGCGGGCAUCUGUAACUGGAUUGUGGGACUUCCACCCGACGUACUCAAGACCAACUUCCAGACAGCUCCAGACGGGCGCUACAGGGGAACAGGUCUGGUAGAUGUACUGCGGGAGCUGCUUCGUGACGAGGGGCCCAGAGCACUCUAUAAAGGAUCCAACGCCGUGUUCCUCAGAGCCUUCCCUGCCAACGCGGCCUGUUUUCUAGGGUAUGAAUUGGCGUUAGAGUGUCUAAAUUGGCUGGCUCCCACCUGGUGAAGUCUCCUGCUAUGACCUGUCAUUAAGAGGUUGUAACCUGCUAUGACCUGUCAUUAAGAGGUUGUAACCUGCAUUGACCUGUCACUGUCUUCAGACUGGACUCUUCUCUUGACCUCAGUUUCAUGCUUCCCAAAUGGCACACUAUUCCCUAUAUAGCGCACUACUUUUGCCUAGGGCCUGUAGGUAAUAGGGCUCUGUUCAGUUUUGCACUAUAUAGGGAAAGUAGUGCACUAUAUAGGGAAAGUAGUGCACUAUAUAGGGAAAGUAGUGCACUAUAUAGGGAAUAGGGUGAUGGUUUUUGUUGUUGUACUUAACCUUUAUUUAACUAGUCAUGGUUUUUCAUGACAACAACAAUGUGAAUUCUUGUCCUCCUUGUUGUUAAUGUGGUUCUAAAAAAUAUAUUCACUGAUAUUUCAGUUUGACAUCUUGUCCUGUUUCAGUUUGACAUCUUGUCCUGUUUCGGUUUGACAUCUUGUCCUGUUUCAGUUUGACAUCUUGUCCUGUUUCAGUUUGACAUCUUGUCCUGUUUCGGUUUGACAUUUUGUCCUGUUUCAGUUUGAUAUCUUGUCCUGUUUCAGUUUGACAUCUUGUCCUGUUUCAGUUUGACAUCUUGUCCUGUUUCAGUUUGACAUCUUGUCCUGUUUCAGUUUGACAUCUUGUCCUGUUUCGGUUUGACAUCUUGUCCUGUUUCAGUUUGACAUCUUGUCCUGUUUCAGUUUGACAUCUUGUCCUGUUUCGGUUUGACAUUUUGUCCUGUUUCAGUUUGAUAUCUUGUCCUGUUUCAGUUUGACAUCUUGUCCUGUUUCGGUUUGACAUCUUGUCCUGUUUCGGUUUGACAUCUUGUCCUGUUUCAGUUUGAUAUCUUGUCCUGUUUCAGUUUGACAUCUUGUCCUGUUUCAGUUUGACAUCUUGUCCUGUUUCAGUUUGACAUCUUGUCCUGUUUCAGUUUGACAUCUUGUCCUGUUUCAGUUUGACAUCUUGUCCUGUUUCAGUUUGACAUCUUUUCCUGUGAUUCACGUCUUGUUGAAGAGAAGUUUAAACGCACAGUGAAAUAAUGACAAUCAUGAUAUUUAUUUAAGAGGAUGAUUUUGACAUAUUUCUGUGAACCUAAGGUUGUGUCUAAAAGGCACCUGAUAAUAGUGCACUAUAUUUAUAUUCAUUAUUCAUUGUUAAUAGUAACAAUAAAGACGUGUUUGAAUGUUGAAGAUUUAAAACAUUUUUUUUAAAUGCCUUCAUUUGUUUUAUUGACCAAUUUAGGGGUUUUGAUGUACAUUUUAAAUGUGAUAUAAUGUGAUGUAAUUUGAUUCAUUUGGACAAUUAAUCAAAUCCAUUUAUGAGCAAUCCAGAUUUAUCUCAGAACAGGUUUUAUACAUUUGUUUGAAUAAAGUGUAAUUUGCCAA